AAGGCAGGAACCAGGAACCUCCCCUCCCACCAACUCCUCCAGCCGAAGAGCACAGCUUCAAGGACCAGGAAGCCAAUAAAGGAAGCGGCUUGGUGUUGGUGCUUUUAUUGUACGGAUGCUAUAAACCUCAGGGGUGGGCAGGAGGGGCUGACUGCACAGCCUGCUCCAUUGUCCCUGCCCAGCCUCCAGUUGCAGGCAGAUCUCUGCAGCCCUUUAAAUACCAAGCAGCUCCUCUGUGACUAGAGGAGGAGCAGGCUGGGCAGCAGGAGCGAGGGAAGCAGCGGCCAGUUGGCCAAGGACUCGCUGCCUCCCGCUCCCUAAUCUCCGGCUGCUGCCUGGGAACACAAGAUGCACGUGGGGAAAAAGUCACCAGCUGGCACCUGAGAACCUGGGACCCUGCUAGUGCUGCCGGGGUGCAGGGAGCCCGUGCACCGCCGCGGGAAGGGCAGACAAGGAGCUGAUCGCCCUGCCGGGGACUGGGGGAGAUGCGGGAGAGCCUGUGAAUUUGAGGGACAAAGGAUCCAGCCGAGCAGCUGAGGCCCCAAGACCCAUGUCUGAACAGGUAGCUGCUGUGGCUGGAGGUGUAAUAGGAGGAAUCCUUUUAUUGAUACUUAUUGGAAUAGCAGUGUACCUGCUUUGGAAGAAGAUAUGCCUCCAACCUUCCUAUGAGGAACUCACGGAUUCAGUCACACCAACACAUCCAGAUGCCAGUCUGGAGGAUCAGACUUUAACCCAGCCAUCUUCUGUAAUUCAACCAAAAAGCAUAAGAACUAGAAGCGUUCCGUUCAUCAUUCCACCAAAAUUUCAUGGGCGAGACUGGAUUAACCUGACAAAUGGAGAGCAUGUUCAGGAGGACAGUGACCCCUACGUGACUCCGGAGUCUGGGCCCCGGUGUUCUUUUCACUCCUUGGCUGGAGCUUAUGUCAUAGGGUCUAUCAACCCAGAGCUGUACAAGUUCCCUGAAGACAAGAGUGAGACAGACUUCCCUGAGUGCAACAUUGGCCGUCUUUGGUUCUCAGUGGAAUAUGAGCAAGAGGCUGAAAGGCUUCUCGUCUCCUUGAUAAAAGCUAGAAAACUGCAGCCUCCUACAGAUUCCUGCAGUCCCUUUGUGAAAAUUUAUCUGCUGCCUGAUGAAAGGCGUUACCUUCAGUCCAAAACCAAACGCAAAACCCUCAACCCUCAGUUUGAUGAAAAUUUUAUUUUUCAGGUUUCUAGUAAGACAUUGUAUCAACGGACUCUGAAAUUCUCAGUCUACCAUGUCGAUAAACAGAAAAAGCACCAUCUCCUGGGCCAAGUGAUUUUUCCUUUGAAAAAUGAGACAUUAACUGGUGACAGCAAACUAGUAAUUUGGAGAGAUUUGGAAGCAGAAAACCUGGAGCCUCCUUCAGAGUACGGCGAUAUCCAGUUUUCUCUCAGCUACAAUGACUACCUGGGCCGUCUCACUGUAGUGGUGCUGAGAGCAAAGGGAUUAAAGUUCCAGGAUGAGAGAUAUGCUGCCAGUGUGUAUAUCAAAGUGUCCCUAAUGAACCACAAUAAAUUCAUUAAAUGUAAAAAGACAACAGCUGUUCUGGGAUCUCCCAAUCCAGUCUAUAACGAAACCUUCAGCUUCAAGGCAGACCAGACGGAGCUGGAUACAGCAAGCCUGAGCCUGUCUGUGCUCCAGAGUGCUGAGGGAGACAAAACCCACCUGCUGGGUCGUGUAGUGGUUGGGCCCUUCAUGUACACGAGGGGCAAAGAGCUGGAACACUGGAAUGAAAUGAUCAGCAAGCCCAAGGAGUUGGUUAAACGAUGGCACGCUCUCUGCUGCAACACCUAAUUGAGCAGCAUCACUCCACCUGAAAGACAAAGGACUCCUUUAAAAUGUAGAAGCUCUCAUAUUUUUUCUGAAUCAAAGACACGCACAGAAAACUUUUCCACCAUUUAACCUCUGCAACCAGACAACAAUUUAAAAUUUAUUCUACACUAAACAUACAGAAAACUCAGUCUCUCCUUGGCUGAAACAGAGUCUUCCCUCUCCCUCCAAAAUGUACUGUUUGGUCAACAUACAGUAGAUCACACAAAGCAGAAAGACAAACAUGAGUAUCCUAAUCCCGUGACCAGUUAUUUGAGCUGCUAAUCUUGGCCCUUGGUCACUAAUUUCCUCAUUUGGACUGAACCCCAAACAAGCUACAAAUGGCCCUUAAGGAUACUGGGCCUGAUUCACCACUACACUACUUCAGUUCUAGACUAGUGCAGCUUUACUGAAAUUAAUGGAGUGCCACAGGCAUAGAACUGGAGUAACAUUUUCGGGUCAAUCAGGCCCAAAAUAUGUCAGCUGAAUACAGUAAGCACUGUAAAUAUUUGAAUUAUCCAGGACAACUGCUUUAUAUUUCAAAUUAGUGUAAAUUUGAAUCUGGUUUAUAAUGACCCAGCAGCCAUAACAUAUUUCUGUGAAUCUCAAAAUAACACUGUACUUCUAUCAACAGUUUAGUUGAAUGUCUGCUAUUGACUCCAAAAGCACACCUUCUGGUGACAUUGAAGACAAGGUAAAAGUAUUGAAAACGUUGGCUAAAAUUCUAAUCAUAUUACAGCCUUAUUGUUAGCUUAAACUCUGGCAGAAUGAAACUGUUGUUGUGGUGGUGAUUCCUUCAUUUCUUUAUUAAGUAAAGUGAAUCAAUUAUAUUUUAAUUAGAAUAAAAGCAACAGGACAGCUUCACUUCUUGAUGGCUCACCUAGGACUUGAACAGAGUACUUUUUACAUCCUAACCUAAAAUCAUAAACCAGACCAACAAACUGCCUUCUAAUGCAGCAUUUAGUACGAUAUGUUUCAAUCAGCAUUGUAAUCUUUGCAGUUGAGAUAAAACAGGCUUCCUUUCAAACCGGAUACAGUGUUAAUUAACCUAAUAUGUCAAAAGUAGAGCUCUCUUGAGAACCAGAGCACUUUUCCUUUUGAAAACAUUGCUGCUGUCUGAAGGUGGUAGCAUGAAUUGGAAUAGGUCUGAAAUGGGCAAUAGUACAGUAGGUUCAAAUCUGCCUGAGCUCUCAAGUGAAAUAUAUUGGGGGCUUCAAUCUAAUUGUGAGAAGUCAUGUGGGAACCUCAUAUCUCAUAGUUUGUUAUGAAUAGCAGUGUGUGUACGAGAGGUCCAAUAUUGGUGAAUCAGGGAUGAAGACAUAUUGGACUGGUUAUGUGAAGAAACUUGUAAAGUACCUGACCACACUAUGUUUGCCUUGAAUCAGUACUGUUAAGUCCCCAAAACUUUGAAUAGAUCUGGUUACAAUUUUAUUCCCCAAAAGCUGUUUAAAAACAGUCUAAUAUGCAGCAAGUCUGAUUUGAGGAGGAAAACGAUAUGACAGCGUGCUAACUAUAUUGUUAUAGUAAAAUUGUAACGGACACUAAAAUGACUCUUUGUGCAUCCCCCCUUAAGUUAGUAAAACCUAACAAAUUUGGCUGUAAAUGAAGGUGAACAAUAACGUGUUUCAGUUAGUUAGGUUUUAUUAGAUGGUGUGUGUUUAUGUAGUUUAAAUGUGUAAUGUACUAUAUCUGUUAAUAUAAACGCUGCUAGGCUAGGAAACAAAGGAUUUUUGUUUGUUUGCUUGCACUU